AGGCACACAUGCUGUCUGAGGAGAACAGACUUCCGUAAGGCAGCCUCACAGAGGGACCCAGAACAUUCAAAGGGACAGAGGAGUUGGGAAGUGCUUACUAAUGGCUGACAAGAGCUAUAUUGAGGAAUCUGAGUCCUUCCCUGAAAAAGGGGAGACUGUGGAAUGGGGCUAUGAAGAAGGAGUUGAGUGGGGGUUAGUCUUUCCUGACGCUAAUGGUGAAUAUCAGUCUCCUAUUAACUUGAAUUCAAGAGAAGCCAAAUUUGAUCCCUUGCUCCUGGAAGUACGUUUAUCACCAAAUUAUGUUGUGUGUCGUGACUGUGAAGUCAUCAAUGAUGGUCACUCAGUCCAAAUCAUCUUAAAGUCUAAAUCAGUGUUAGUAGGAGGGCCAUUACCUCGGGGGCAUGAAUUUGAACUGCAUGAUGUUCGAUUCCACUGGGGUAGAGAAAAUCAGCGUGGCUCUGAACACACCGUUAAUUUUAAAGCUUUUCCCAUGGAGCUCCAUUUAAUCCACUGGAAUUCCACAAUGUACCACAGUAUUGAUGAGGCAAUGGGGAAGAAGAAUGGCAUAGCCAUUAUUGCUUUAUUUGUACAGAUUGGAAAGGAACAUUCAGGUUUAAAAGCUGUGACUGAAAUUCUGCAAGAAAUCCAGUACAAGGGAAAGUCCAAGAUAAUACCCUGUUUUAAUCCCAACACAUUAUUACCAGACCCACUCUUACGAGAUUAUUGGGUAUACGAAGGUUCCCUUACCGUUCCACCCUGCAGUGAAGCUGUUACAUGGAUAUUAUUUAGAUAUCCUUUGACUGUGUCCCAGCUUCAGAUAGAAGAAUUUCGAAGACUGAGGACACACGUUAAAGGGGCAGAACUCCUAGAAGGCUGUGAUGGGAUAUUAGGAGAUAACUUCAGACCAACACAACCACUUAGCGACAGAGUCAUACGGGCUGCCUUCCAGUAGCAGAGACAUAUACUGAAAAUAAUCAUCAUAAUAAUGUAGCUCUCAGAUCCCUUCAAUAGCAACUCUGAGCCAGAUGAUCCUGCCUAGAGAUUAUGCCACCACUGGAAAUGCCUGAAGCCACCAAAGGGGAAACAUUCCAAUGAUCUCUUGUGGGACAUGAGGUUGUUGGAUUCUGAUCCCAAGAGCAGUGAAUCAUAUGUUUCUAGGAGCGAGUCUGUCCUCAUUUGGAAUCAACAUACCUAACACUGAAAGCACAAUUUGAUGCCGUUCAUCACUACCAUAGUAUGAAGGUACAAUCCAGACCAUUUUUUUCCUGUAAGUUCUUUUCAGCUAAAGGGUAGCACUUUAGAUAGCCAUCAAACCACUAGGACAUAAGCACUCAGAGGAGUUUGACCAUUAACAGAGCAAUCUUUAUUAACUAUGAAAAUGUUCUGGGUCCUGUUUCUGCCCUAGUACUAGCUACCUUGCUACCUCCUCAAGACUCAUCACUAUCUACAUUUUUCCAUCUGUUGCCAGUGACCUCUAACACCUGGAUCAACCUCUAUUGUCUUGCCACUCCAUCUGGAAUGGAACACCCUGUGAGUGGUUGGUUUCAUGAUAUGUGAAAAUUUGUUUGCUGUAUGAAAACUGAAAAUGUUUCUUAGAAUUUGAAGGGCUUCAUCUCUGCAUUUCCCCAUAAGCAAAGGUCCAGCUAGCUGUUGUGUCGUACUUUAGCUUGAGGUCACUUCUGUCCUCUCUCUUGAGUAUGUCCCAACAGACAUAGAAGUCAGUGCACGGUGUAAGUGCAUAUAUCUCGUUCUUGGGACACAAAUCAACCCCUCUUCACGGCUGAAGUUGGGAAUACAGGUCCUGCUGCUUUACAGUGCAGAUUGAUUGCUGAUUGGCUGCUCCAUGUAAUAUCACAAUCCUUUCUCCCUGGAGUAUCUGUGCCAUGUUUUCAAAUGUCAUUUCUUUUUAUCCCACCCCCAUCCAAAUAAUACAUGGAUGUGUCCUUCCUUGAACAAUUAAUAAAAAGACACACCGUUUACCUACAGAUUUGUGGGAAGCAGCAAGGCAGACAACUCAGUCAUCAUUUAUUUUUGCUGAAAAUGGUCUGCCUAAAGCAGGGCUGCCCAACUUUGGCCCUCCCGCUGUUUUUUGGACAACAACUCCCAUGAUUCCCAGCCACAGGGGUCAAUAAUCAGGGGUGAUGGGAGUUGUAGUUCAACAUCUGAAGGAGGCUGAAGUUGUGCAGCCCUGGCCUAAAGUGUUGAAAAGUAUAGGUGGGGGAUGGGAGCCAAGCUCAUUUAAAGGAACAAAAAAUGGUAGAAAGCCCCCCUUUUUAUGUAUGUAUCCUUGUAUCCAUGUCUUUCCAACAUCAUGAGGACUACACACAUUACAUGUGAGUACAUAGAUAAGAGCGAUGUUCCAUCUGCUGGCCCUGUCUGUUCCUCAUGUGUAUUCCAUGUAACCUGUGAAAGACCAUACAUGUGUACAAUUUGAACAUGCAUAGGCUCUUUCACAAGUUAUCCUGAAUAUGAUUAGGGGUGGGUGAGGGGCCAACAGAUACAAGUGGAAGAAGGCAUCUGGUGUGAAACAGGAUGCUGGACUAGAUAGGCCUUAGGCCCGAUCCAGCAGGGCUGGAUAUAAAUGGAUGUCACUCCUUCUCUGUGCAUUCACUGUAAGGUAAAGGUAAAGUGUGCUGUCAAGUCGAUUUUGACUCCUGGCGCCCACAGAACCCUGUGGUUUUCUUUGGCAGAAUACAGGAGGGGUUUACCAUUGCCUCAUGUAGUAUGAGAUGAUGCCUUUCAGCAUCUUUCUAUAUCACUGAUGCCUUUCUAUAAACAUCUUUCUAUAAACACUGAUGGUGUUUCCCAUAUAUAUUUCCCAUAGUCUGGGAAACAUACCAGCGGGGAUUCAGACCAGCAACCUUCUGCUUGUUAGUCAAGCAUUUCCCCGCUGCACCACUUAAGGUGCUCGUACACACAUGUAAUACAGUACGUGUUUUAUGUCCCCUUUAAAAAUAACUUUCAUGUCCAUUAAAACAGGUUUUAAGUGCAUAACAUAACCUGUGUGAUAUUGGUAAAGAGAUGACUUUCUUUGUAUCCUUCACAUUUUUGUAGUGCCUACUUAUGAUUCAUAUGCUUUGAUAAAUAAUUGUGUAUGUUGCAAUAUGUUCUUGUUAAAUAAGAUUGAAUUAAAGAGGCUGAUUUCUGCA